AUGCAGACCUUUGGAGCGUACCUGGUUGCGCUGCUGGCGGCCAGCGCCGAGCUCGCCUCUGGCCUGCCCCAUCGCACGGACACGGUCAAGAGCCGUGGCAGCCAGACUCUUUCUGUUCCCGUGAAGCGCAACACCGUCUCCAAGAAGCAUCCUGCCGUGGCACUGGCCAAGGUCUACGCCAAGUAUGGCAGGGAGAUGCCCACCCGUCUCCAGACCAUUGUGAGGAAUCACCGUGCUGGCGUUGGCAUGGCAUCGACCAAGCGCUCCACAACAGAGGGCUCCGUCAGCACGUCCCCCGAGCAGUAUGACACCGAAUACCUCGCCAACAUCCAGAUCGGCACGCCGCCCCAGACCCUGCCGAUGGACUUUGACACCGGGUCGUCGGACCUGUGGGUGUUCAGCAGCGAGACGUCCAGCUCAAGUAUUUCCGGGCAGGCCGUCUACUCCCCGGGCAAGAGCUCCACCGCCUCGAAACUGGACGGCUCCAGCUGGAAGAUCAGCUAUGGCGACGGGUCGUCCUCCAGCGGCAACGUCUAUACCGACCUGGUGACCAUCGGCAACCUGAGCGUCCAGUCCCAGGCCGUCGAGAGCGCGACCCAAGUGUCGUCCGAGUUCACGGCUGACUCCAAGAUGUCGGGCCUCGUGGGCCUGGCCUUCAGCUCCAUCAACACCGUCACCCCCAAGGCCCAGAACACCUUCUUUGACAACGCCAUGCCCAAGCUGUCCCAGCCCGUCUUCACCGCCGACCUGAAGCACGACGCCGAGGGCAGCUACAACUUUGGCUACAUCGACUCCAGCGCCCACACGGGCGAUAUCUUCUACGUGGACCUGUUCAACAGCAGCGCUGACUACUCUGGAUUCUGGUCAUUCCAGUCCACGGGCUAUGCCGUGGGUGACGGCUCUGCCAGCUCGAGCUCUGGCACGGGCAGCACGGGUACUGGAAGCACGGGGAACGGAAGCACAGGCACCGGAAGCACAGGCACCGGAAGCACAGGCACCGGAAGCACAGGCACGGGCACUUCGUCCGGGUCCGGCUCUGCCCCCACCGGAGGCUUCGGCGGCUUUGGAAGCGGUAGCAGCGGCUCCUCCGGGUUUGGAUCUGGAUCUUCGGGCGGCGGUUUCGGCGACCUCGGCGACCUCGGCGACCUGGGCGACCUGCUUGACACCCUGCAGCAGGAGGGCCAGACGGGGAGCGGUAGUGACUCCACCAGCUCCGUGUGGGCCGGAUGGUUCAGCAAGCUGGUCCGCAAGGACAAGAAGGCGGCCCGCUCUGCGCCUCCCACGCGCCAGCACGCGCCCGUCACCGCCGGGGCCGCGAGCAAGCGCGCCGUCUCCCUCACCUCGGCGUCCAUCACCGGCAUCGCCGACACGGGCACCACGCUCCUCAUGCUCCCCGACGAGGUGGUGGCCGCGUACUACAGCCAGGUGGACGGCGCGCAGGACAGCGAGCAGGAGGGCGGGUACGUCUUCUCGUGCGACGCGACGCUGCCCGACUUCACGUUUGCCGUGGGAGAGGGCCAGAUCACCAUCCCCGGCAAGUUCAUCAACUGGGCGCCGGUCGACACCUCGAACCAGACGUGCUAUGGAGGUCUCCAGUCGGAUGCUGACAUCGGGAUCUCCAUCUUCGGAGACAUCGCGCUCAAGGCCGCCUUCGUGGUGUUCGACGGCGGCGCCAAGCGACUCGGUUGGGCCGCCAAGGCGACGUCAUAA